GAGCCAAUCGUUACUCGGCGCCUGAAGGGGCAGUACCCACGCAAGCCACUUAAUAUGGCGGAGGACGUCGCCUCAGCGGCCCCGAGCCCGCGGGGCUGUGCGGAUGGUAGGGAUGCCGACCCUACCGAAGAGCAGAUGGCAGAAACAGAGAGAAACGACGAGGAGCAGUUCGAAUGCCAGGAACUGCUCGAGUGCCAGGUGCAGGUGGGGGCCCCCGAGGAGGAGGAGGAGGACGCGGGCCUGGUGGCCGAGGCCGAGGCCGUGGCUGCCGGCUGGAUGCUCGAUUUCCUCUGCCUCUCUCUUUGCCGAGCUUUCCGCGACGGCCGCUCCGAGGACUUCCGCAGGACCCGCAACAGCGCAGAGGCUAUUAUUCAUGGACUAUCCAGUCUAACAGCUUACCAGUUGAGAACGAUAUACAUAUGUCAGUUUUUGACAAGAAUUGCGGCAGGAAAAACCCUUGAUGCACAGUUUGAAAAUGAUGAACGAAUUACACCCUUGGAAUCAGCCCUGAUGAUUUGGGGUUCAAUUGAAAAGGAACAUGACAAACUUCAUGAAGAAAUACAGAAUUUAAUUAAAAUUCAGGCUAUAGCUGUUUGUAUGGAAAAUGGCAACUUUAAAGAAGCAGAAGAAGUCUUUGAAAGAAUAUUUGGUGAUCCAAAUUCUUAUAUGCCUUUCAAAAGCAAAUUGCUUAUGAUAAUCUCUCAGAAAGAUACAUUUCAUUCCUUUUUUCAACACUUCAGCUACAACCACAUGAUGGAGAAAAUUAAGAGUUAUGUGAAUUAUGUGCUAAGUGAAAAAUCAUCAACCUUUCUAAUGAAGGCAGCGGCAAAAGUAGUAGAAAGCAAAAGGACAGGAACAAUAACUUCUCAAGAUAAACCUAAUGGUAAUGAUGUUGAAAUGGAAACUGAAGCUAAUUUGGAUACAAGAAAAAGUGUUAGUGACAAACAGUCUGCGGUAACUGAAUCCUCAGAGGGUACAGUAUCCUUAUUGAGGUCUCACAAGAAUCUUUUCUUACCUAAGUUGCAACAUGGAACCGAGCAACAAGACCUUAAUAAGAAAGAAAGAAGAGUAGGAACUCUUCAAAGUACAAAAAAGAAAAAAGAAAGCAGAAGAGCCACUGAAAGCAGAAUACCUGUUUCAAAGAGUCAACUGGUAACUCCUGAAAAACAUCGAGCUAGAAAAAGACAGGCAUGGCUUUGGGAAGAAGACAAGAAUUUGAGAUCUGGCGUGAGGAAAUAUGGAGAGGGAAACUGGUCUAAAAUACUGUUGCAUUAUAAAUUCAACAACCGGACAAGUGUCAUGUUAAAAGACAGAUGGAGGACCAUGAAGAAACUAAAACUGAUUUGCUCAGACAGCGAAGACUGAUUGUGUUUGUAAAAGCUUGAUGAAAGGACAGUUAAGUAUUUUAAUCACUGCAUUUUGUUUGAAACUUGUGUCAUUGAUGUAAUUUAAAACUUUUGUUUAAAGCAUUACAGUAUUUUUCUGUGACCAUCAAUUAAUAUGAGGGUUUGUGCUAUAAGAGUUUAAGAGUUAAAGCAUAUGCUAUCAUUGUAUUCUUUAAGAACCUUAUUUUGAUAAAAUGUAAAUUUGUUGAACCCUGCCACAUUUAGUAUCCCCACCCCCAAAUCCUGUUCCAAUGAAAAAAUUAAAACCUGGUACGAAAAAAAAAAAAAAUUUCAGUUAACCUAUUUUGUGUCCUGUAGGCUGACCUCAACCCUGUAACGUAACCCAUUAAAUGAAUUUUCUUUUUUUUGAGACAGCGUUUCUCUCUGUUGCCCAGGCUGGAGUGCAAGUGUGCAAUUUCAGCUCACUGCAACCUCUGCCUCCCGGGUUCAAGCGAUUCUCCUGCCUCAGCCUCCUGAAUAGCUGGGAUUACAGGCACACACCACCACGCCCAGCUAAUUUUUGUAUUUUUAGUAGAGGUAGGGUUUCACCAUGCUGGUCAGGGUGGUCUCCAACUCCUGACUUCAUGAUCCACCCACCUCGGCCUCCCAAAGUGCUGAGAUUACAGACAUGAGCCACUGCGUCCUGCCUAAAAUGAAUUUUCCAGAUGAUUGAAUAACAGUAGUCCUUUGAUAGGAGAUAAUGACUUGGUUUAUGGCCUUAAUAUACUACUUAAUUACUUAAGAUGUUUAUUAAUAGAAUGAUAAAUGUACAGAGUAACCUAUAAGCAUGACAUACUUUUGCUUUCAGUAGUUUCAUGUAAAGAAAAAACUUGAAAAUAGUAAUACCUGAGGACCCAUGGGAAUAAUAGACACUGGGGAGGUAGGGUGGGGAGCGGGAGCAAGAGCUGAAAAACUACCUACUGGGGACUCUGCUCACUACCUGGGUGACAGGAUCAUCCAUACCCCAAACCUCAACAUCACACAGUAUACCCAGCUAACAAACCUGCUCAUGUGUUCCCUGAAUCUAAAAUAAAAAUCGAAAUAAUUUUUUUAAAAAAGAAAAAGACAGUAGUAUUACCCAUGGGACAAAAUUUGUACUAUUAGCAAGAAUCAUUUUGUGUCUCAUUUAGAAACAAUUUGACUUUUGUUCCAGUGUUUAAACUUUGACAAAAAUGGUUUUGAAUAGAUCUUUAUAACCUGAUGCCAUAAAUACAAGAUUCUCUGAUACCUUCAUUUAAUAUAUCAGUAUUGGGCCUAAAACAGUAUUCUGUAAAGCUUAAAUUGCUAUUAACUAUGAUCAUCUUGAUGUCUAUGAUAGAUAAUAAACAAGGUCGUACAUACCUUACUAAACAAUUUUGGUUUUUCACCAACAUUUUAUUCUUUAAAAGAUUUAGACUAACAGAAUUAUUUAGCAUUUCGAGUCAUGUGCUUUAUUUAGCAAGUGAGUAAAAAUAUUGGAAUAUUGAAGUAUUUGCAUAAAAAAUCAGAUGGUGGUGUUUUGUAAUCUGUAUUAUAUUUCCUAUUAAGGUUUCAUAUAUUACUUUCCCAUUGUUCCUGAAUUUGUUAUUCUGUAUAUAAACAGAAAUAUGGAUGAGUACCA